AAAACGACAUUGUUUUUCGGCAUGGGUCUUAUGGCAAAUGGUUUUCGUAGUAUAACGGGAGGAGCCCUUCUACUAGCCAGCUACUCUAAAUACAGCACCAUCAUGGCCUCCCCAUUAGAAGGGAAUGGCAAUGCCAACUAUAAACAAGCUCAAUCCAUCUAUGAUUUUACUGCUGUUGAUAUAGAUGGAAACACAGUGUCCCUUGACAGAUACAGGGGGCAUGUUUGCAUAAUUGUCAAUGUUGCGUCAAAAUGAGGCAAGACAAAAGUCAACUACACUCAGCUAGUUGCGCUGCAUGAAAAGUAUGGUGAUUUGAAGGGUCUGAAGAUCCUUGGUUUCCCUUGUAAUCAGUUUGGAUCCCAAGAACCAGGAACCAAUGCUGAGAUCAAAAGCUUUGCAGCCAACUACAAUGUGAAGUUUGACAUGUUUGCCAAGAUUGAUGUUAACGGCGAUAGCGCCCACCCUCUGUGGAAAUACUUAAAGAAAAAACAGGGAGGAACCCUUACAGAUGGCAUUAAAUGGAAUUUCACCAAGUUUAUUGUAGAUAAGAAUGGUCAACCAGUUGCUCGUCACGCCACGACCACGGAUCCCUUUGACAUGGAAAAGGAUUUAUUGAAAUACCUAAACCAGUAAUGAGUGGUUCGGGAUACUAUGGCCAGUUUUGUGAAGCUAGUCUCAAUUAGCGAGAACAAUUGAAGAUUUUUUUAUUUGUUUUUGGCUCUCGAAGCACUGUUCAUUUCUAAUCGAGUUCAGGUUAUAAUCAGAAGGAAUAUAAAUGAUAGACUCUCUAAAAAGCCUUAUUGGUAUGGAGAAGUCAGGAUGCUACUAUUUCACUGGUGAUUAACAAUGAAUUUGUAAGAAAUUGUACUGUCGCCUUAUUUGUUAGAAAAUUAAACAGUGUCGAAUUAUAAA